AUGGUUGAAGGAGUGUUUCAGGCUAUUAAUUUUCCUGAUUCGUCACAGCCAAAACAAACUCGUAGAUACAGACCCGGCACAGUAGCUCUUCGAGAAAUCCGAAAAUAUCAGAAAUCUACAGAACUUCUUUUACGUAAACUUCCCUUUGCCAGACUAGUCAAGGAAGUAUCAGCAGAAAUGGCAAGCAUUCAUUACGUGAGUGCAUCGGCACCAAGAUGGCAAGCCCACGCCAUCAUGGCUUUGCAAGAAGCGACCGAAGCCUACUUGGUGCAUCUGUUUGAAGACGCUAAUCUAUGUGCUAUCCAUGCUAAACGAGUCACUGUUAUGCAAAAAGAUAUCCAGCUUGCUAGACGCAUACGUGGUCCGUGGGGCGGAUUGGGUUGA